CUCUAGUACGACGUGACACAGUGAUGACGGAGUAGGUCGUCGCGUAAAUGAGUGGAAACGGCACCUGAAUACAGUGGGAAAGGAAGUGUCGCUCCUUUACUGAUAACAUAUUUUUUUACCAAAUACGUAUGUGAGUAGUUUGGACGGCGACCUUCUUCAUUCUGAGCGGAUUCACAAUUAACUCUUCUCCUGGAAGCAGCGGUGGCAGGAUUUUCCUCAGCUGGUUUGCUAGCAAGACCGCCUGACCGGACUCUUCGCUAUAUAAAAAAACACAACUACCCAGUCAGCCGCUUAUUAUUUUGCACUUCUAAACGAGUUAUAACGGCAAGUGAAGUGUUAAACUCCUUAUUUCUUGACCUAAUUUAACCGUAACCGUUUGACUGCUUUAAUUUAACCGUAAAGCCACAUUAUUGUAGUCUGGCAGCUAACUGCACGCGCUCUAAAUAAUCUAACCGAUAAAUGUCUCCAUGACAACGUGUGUGUUGUAGCAUUGAGCAUCAAUGUUACACAUCUGAGUAUGUAGCAUGUUUGCUCCGUGCUGAAGAGGAUGUUUAUACAUCACAACCUGCUGACAGAUAUUAGGUAGCUCACAGCUGGAUGGCGACGCAUCGAGGUCCAGUAUGAAACACGAUACAUCUGCGCUUCAGUAACCGUGACUGGAGGCUCAUAAGAGAGCCUUCAUUAUGUGCGAUAGCUGUGUCAUCGUCCUGUCGAUCACCUCCACUAUCCGAGACUGAGAUUUAGUGGCUCUUUUAAACACUCGUGAUCCAGUAAGUGUUGCGCAAUGGCGGGUGUUGGGGGCAGUGUGCUUUUGCUGGGUCAGCUGGCGUCUGCAUCCGCUGCAUCCUCCAACUCCUCACCCACUGAUCCUAAUGCCCGGGGCUGCUCCAGCGGGGACUUCACGGACACCUUCGGCAUCUUCCUGCAGGGCCUGCUGGCAGUGGUGGCCUUUAGCACCCUUAUGUUGAAACGCUUCAGGGAGCCCAAGCACGAACGGAGACCCUGGAGAAUCUGGUUUCUGGACACCUCUAAACAGGCCAUAGGGAUGCUGUUCAUUCACUUUGCCAAUGUCUACCUGUCUGACCUCACAGAGGAGGACCCAUGUUCACUAUAUCUAAUCAACUUCCUGUUGGAUGCGACACUGGGCAUGCUGGUGAUCUAUGGUGGCGUGAAGGCCGUUAGCGCUGUGGUUGAAUGGAGACAGUGGGAUUCGCUGCGUUUUGGAGAAUAUGGUGAGCCAGUUCAGUGCAGCGCCUGGGCAGGUCAGUGUGCUCUCUACAUCCUCAUCAUGAUGUUUGAGAAGGUCAUGAUCAUGCUGGUUCUCCUCAUCCCACAAUGGAAGAAGCUGGCUACACUCAACCCCAUAACCAACCCUCGUCUGGAGUUAGCUAUCGUCAUGCUAAUCGUCCCGUUUUUUGUGAAUGCUCUGAUGUUCUGGGUGGUGGAUAACUUCCUGAUGAAGAAGGGAAGAACAAAAGCCAAGCUGGAGGAGAGGGAAGCAGGAGAUGACCCUCGCGGCAACAGCAAAGUGCGCUACAGACGGGCAAUGUCACACGAUGACUCUGAAUCAGAACGCUCUUCCUCUUCUGCUGGUCAGAUCCUCUUCUCCGCAGAUGAUGAAAUGGAGGAUUCAGAUGGUGACGACGAUGUACGAAGAAUCACAGGGCUCAAGCCUGUUAAGAAAAAGAAGCACCGUCUUGGUAUUCCAGUUUGAAUUCAAAUCAGUUUGGACUUGAGGCCUCCCUUGUUCCCAUGACCCCAACUCAUUUACCAGAGCACAGAUCAGCAAGUGAGGGGCAUGAUGACUAAGUCUAUGAAUUGUGGGGUAACGGACCCAGGCUCCAGUGUAAACACACGAGAGGACCCUCUUGACAUUACCAGAAAGAUUUUUGCUAUCCUAUGCCACAGAUGAUUGAGGGAUCAAUCAUCUGACCAGCCUAUUGGGAGAUGAUCGGACCAUAUUUUCAGUCUGUUUUUUUUGCACAUUCAUAAUUCUGCUUAAACAUCAUGUGGUUCUGCAGUGGAUAUACAACCCAGCUACAUCUUCUUGCAUCUGUCUAGCAUUUGAACUGAUAAAAAAAAGUCUAAACCUAUACAAAUAACAUGCUGACACUGUUCUGCUGAGAUAAGUACCUUUAACCGUAUGCAUGUGAUCGAUCACACUUGGACAAACUGUUCAAGGUCACUCAUAUUCGGUUCCUAAACGUGUUUGUAAGCGUGGCUGCAGCAGAGAGUUGUGCACAUCAGCUGUGAGGAAAUUGUGCUGAUAAAUGUUACAGAAAACCAUUCGUCAGCAGUGUUAUGAGCCGGUAUUAUAAUACAGUUGGUACGGUCUUGCAAUGUCUGUUUUGAACUGUUAGGCAGCAGCCAAACUGACAAGGUACGAAAUUCCAGGGGUGGCUGUUUCAUCACACUAAUCUGAUAGCUUGUCUUGCUGUUUGGUUUUUGAAAGACUAUCUGCCUCAAUUUAGUGUUGUUUUUUCUGCCAUUAAUGUUUUCCCUGUAUUUAUUUGUUUUUGUUUUUUUUGUGGCCUAUUAAAGGGACAGUUCACCCAAAAAUUAAAAAAAAUCAUUUUACAUCAUUCCAAACCUGUAUGACACUUUGUUCUGUAGAACGCAAAUUAUACUUUGAAUGUUGCAGUCCAAAAACAUCAUUGGACCCCAUUGUAUACACACAAAAAAGAUAUUUUUCAAAAUGUCUUGUUUCACAGAAGAGCAAAAGUCAUAAAGGUUUGGAAGAACAUGAGGGUGACUAAUCUAUGACGAUUUUUAUAUUUGUGUUAACUGUCCUUUUAAAUUUUCAUUUUUGCUACUUAUUGCAGGGAAGAUGCUAUGUUACAGGAUGUAACCUCUUACACAGUUUGGUGUUGCAUUGUGGUCUCUUUGUGUGAGGUAUUACCUUCGUUGUUGGGUUUUUUUUUUUGUCUCUAAGCAUUACCCCUUCACCUCAAUAUUUACCAGUCAAAUGCUAAGCCAGUGGGUCUUUCUUCCAAAAACUUUAUCAUCCACUCUUGCACUUUUCUGCUCUGUGGGACAUUUGAUUUUAUUCCAACACUAAAGCACAGAUAUUUGGAGAAUGCAUUGCAUCAUGCGUUCUCUGCAGAAAUUUGAAACAGACUGCAUCUGUCAGAUUAUUUGUAAUCUUUAAUGUGAAGGGGAAGAUGCCUGUAGGUUUAGAGUUGGAGUAAAUGAAAUUGGGAGUACAGGACCAAUUGUCUUACUGUCUAACUGACAUUUAAUGGACCAAGUUUGUGGGAGUACUAUGUUUGCACACAGUUUGGGUUUGUGUUUUACAGGGAUGAAUUGAAAGCAGGUUUCUGGUCAGGCCUGCUGGAUGAACAUGAUUACUGAUAAGGAUUUUGUCCAGGUGGAAAUGUAACUGCCUUUCCCUCUCCGGGUUUGAAUCUGACUAUUAUUAGAGAGUGAUCUUGGUUACGGUUGCAAGAGAAUGAAACCAAUUGGACGUGGAAAGGGGUUUUAAGUACUAAACAAUAUUAGAUGACUUAGAGUUACUGACAAAUCAUGAACUUAUGUAUGCUUUUUUCAAUAAACAAGUGUAAAAUCA